GGUAUAUCAGAAUCAAACAUGAAGCGGAGUUCUAAGACCGUGCUUAUAUCCACUAGUCAGCCCCAGAUUUACUAUGAUUCAUCCAAGAAAUUCAAGGAGUUAAGACAACCUCUCAAGACAAAGAAUAUAGGCAAGGGCCUUAAAUAAAGUAGCAGAAUCUCCCAAAGCUAGGAAGUCAGUUGUCGGCAUCCUAAAGAAGCCUACAAAUGAGGAGAAAGAUUUUGUAGACCAAACUAAAGUUAUUAACAAAAAGUUCAUCCUGAGAUACAAAAAUGUGCCUACCAAGCAGAGGAAGAAAGAAUCAAGCCUUGAAAUGUAUGAAGAAGAGAGCUCAGAGGUACAGAAAUUAGACAACUGGGAGAGAAAUACCAAGAAUGCUGAGCUACAGGAAUACUCUAAAUAAUCUGAAAGCUAAUAUUAUGUCAAUGUCCAAUCGUUACACUCAAGAAGUGUCAAAGAACAGGUCUCCAACUGUCAACUACAAGAAUUUGGACUCUAUUACCAAGGAUCUGUACGCAAAGCCGGAUACCAGUGGGAUGAAGAUCCGUAAGAACAGACUUCUACUGGACCUUAAAGAGUCUUUAAAAAGGAGCAAUCUCUCCUCAAGUAGUAGCUCCAGCUCGGGCUCUGAAAUAGAUCCAAAUGAUAUAAAGCGAAAGAGUUACCAACUCGGAACUUUCAAGCUCAAGAGCAAAGGAAAUCUACGAGCUACUUCACAGGAAAAUAUAGCAUCGAGACCUCAGACUGAUAAAGCAAAAGAUCGUUUCAACAUUGAUCACCUUGUCAAGAUUUUCGCUAAGGACAAGAAUGAUAAACUAAAGAUUGCCCAAGAACAGAAAGUCUUGGAAGAGGGGUUAUGGAAAGAAUAUACUCACCUCGAAAAGGCCAUCAAGGAUUCUUCUCAGAAGAGAGAAAAGUUGCUGUUCUCUAACAACGAGUUCUUCGAGACUAUCUCCAAGAACAAGGAGAGGCUCUACAAGGUCUCAACUAAGUUCAACAAGUUGUUUAAGGGUAAAAACUCUGUAUUUAACCAAGCUGUUAAGAAGAGCAAUAAGAAUGGAGACUUUAAGGAUGUACUUGAGUUCAACCAUCAAAGAGAGAAGAUGAAAAAGGAGAUCAAGUCUCUCGAACAUGAGGAUGAUAGAUACAUCAAAAUGCGUAGCACAACGUCGGAAUAAAAAUUAAAUACACUGAAGACGAGAUUGAUAUCUACAUCAGCAAGAU